CAGGAGCAGCAGACUCCCCGCAGGGAUCCCCAGGGUUACACACAAUGCUGUUUAGAUGGCUGACAGAAAGGAGUAACUUAGUGAACGGUGUUGCAAACACUCUGUGAUCAUCCAGCAAGUGUCUCGGGGCAGUAAUUACGAUACAAUGGAGCAAGAAUUUGAAGACAUUGAUUCGUCCGGGAGAUGGCAAAACCUUUACAAUGAAAUCCGCAACCAAGCCAGUGAAUAUCCCUACAAAGUGGCAAAACUUCCAGUGAAUCGGAAUUUGAACCGCUACAGAGAUGUGAGCCCAUAUGAUCACAGUCGGGUAAAACUUGAAAACUCUGAAAAUGACUACAUCAAUGCAAGUCUAGUCAUGGUGGAAGAAGCCCAAAGAGCUUACAUUCUUUCUCAGGGGCCUUUGAGGAAUACCUGUGGUCAUUUCUGGCUGAUGAUUUGGGAGCAGUGUUCCAAAGCUGUUAUAAUGCUCAACAGAGUCAUUGAAAAGGGAUCUGAAAAAUGUGCACAGUACUGGCCCACUACAGAAGAGAUACAGAUGUCUUUCACAGACACAGGGUUUGUUGUCAGGCUACUUUCAGAGGAGGACCAAUCCUACUUUACAAUCCGAGUGCUAGAACUGCAAAACACAACGACGGGGGAGUCGAGGGAGAUCUACCACUUUCACUACACCACGUGGCCUGACUUUGGUGUCCCAGAAUCUCCGGCCUCCUUCCUCAACUUCCUAUUAAAGGUUCGGGAGUCGGGCUCAUUGGGACCGGAGCACGGGCCUUCGGUGGUGCACUGCAGCGCUGGGAUCGGACGCUCAGGGACCCUUGCCUUGGUGGACACCUGCCUGGUUCUGAUGGACAGGAGGAAGAACCCGUCGUCAGUGGACAUACAGAAGGUGCUACUGGACAUGAGGGAAUACCGCAUGGGUCUGAUCCAGACCCCCGACCAGCUCCGCUUCUCCUACAUGGCUGUCAUUGAGGGCGCCAAGCUCCUCCAGACAGUCAACUCAGCAGCCCAGCAGAACAAGCAGAAGGUAAUGUUCAGAGAUGGCUUGGAGCCAGAUCUGCCUCCUCCACCACCUCCACCCAGACCUCAUCUUAACGACAGCAGGCCCAACGGUCAGCCAGGACCCUGCCCGGAGCCACAGGUCGCCUCAGGAGACCACCCGCCGGCAGGAGAGUCGGACAGCCAAGACCACAACAUGGCAGAGAACUUAGGGCAUGUAAGAAAGCGACACCGUGAGGAGAGGAUUGCCAGCACCUCACAGAAGGUCCAGCUGAUGAAACAGAGACUGACUGACUCGGAGAGGAAACGAGACAAAUGGCUGUACUGGAGACCCAUUCUGCUCAACGUCGGUGCUGGGGCGGCUUUGGCUGUCGGCCUGCUGGUGUGCUGGAUGUACUCCCAGUGAAAAACUCUGGGUCAUUUAAAACUGACUCCUAUUUUGCACCAGUACCUGGGAGUAGGUACUUCUCUAAGUAGAUGUAGAUGGUAAUAUGUGCAUAACUGAGGGUAUUUAUUUCUUAAGGUCAAAAUGUGGGAGCUCUAGAUCAAAUGAUUGUGUGUAUAUUUUUCAUUAAGAUCUUAACAAAAAUAGUAACAUCUCAGGAUCUUGGUGCCAGCACGAUGAUUUCAUUUCCUUUCCUUCUUGUCACUGUUGAUGAAUGUACUGUAUCAUAACAAAUGGCUUUGAAAGAAACGUACUAAAGGUGCAGUACAAAGCAACAAAAAAAAAAUCUGACAGGUUUGUUUUUGCAUUCUUUAUUUGUAAUGGUCAGAUGUGUGUUGGUCAUCUGCGGACACGUUUUACAUUUUGCAUUUCAAAAUGACUUGUGUUGACAGUCCAUCGUACCACAGAUAUGUAGGAAGGCUCCAGAGGUCAGCUAUGGGAUUUUUUUGUUGUUCUGUAAUGAAAUUUGCAUAUCAUGCAUGCAUUUCGAGGUUUUCCAGAGCACCACUUGUUCUUCCAUUCACAUUCGGCAGGGCAUCCCAAUAUGGCCAGAUAUAUAUUUUUGUGUGACUGGACACUUCAUAGGGAGCCGCCUUGCUGAUGUUUCAAACUCUGCUAGAAUGUUAACCUUUUUAUUUUCUGUUAAACGAGCACCUUUUUUUCAUAGGUUUUGGUCGGAUCAUACAAGCUGUCAGGUCCUUCACCGCUUACUGCGUGUAUUUACCCACUGGAUGGGUUUGUGUGUGUAUUUUCAGGUUGUCCCACUGUUGUUUUUGAGGAAACCAAAGCAAAGCUGUCCGUUUUUGGAAGGCCAGGCAAGCUGUUAAAUGACAAAACCCUGUACUCCCAUUAUGUGGAAUGUAUUUUCCGUUGGAUCUCUGACAUAAAACACAACUAACUGCAUCACAAAAUGAUAGUCAAAGUAGCUUUGCAUUGUGUACGACUUCUUAAUUUGAACCCACAGAAUCACCGAAUUGGUUUUCAAUUGACUGGGACCUAUGUAAAGCUAUACCAGUGCAAUUUAGACAUUGAAGCAGAGGAUAUUUGGAUUAAAUUCUAGUAAGGAGAGAUGUUAGUACCUGCUUGUUUGCUGGUUGAGAUAGCUUUUAAUGUGCCUUGAAGUGAACUAAAUGGCAAAAUGUAUGCUCCAAGGUUUCCUAGCAUGAUCAGUACAAAAAAAGGUUUAUGUGAGCUUUUGUUUUCCACAUAACAUGAGUAACAUGUUUGCACAGCAUCAAUUGGUUUGUAGUAACUGGAGGUGUGAUGCAGUAAAUUUUAUCAGAGUUCACUGUACACCAAAUGUGUCAUAAGCAUGUACUGACUUUUGAAGUGACAUACGUUGCUGAUUGGCGAGUUACCACUGUUGGACAUGGCUUUUUACUUAGUUCUCAUUUAACCCGGAAGAGACACGUUUGACCAUAACAUUCCAUUCAGUCGGUUUUUUUUUCCACAUAAGAUUUCAGGGGAGUUUUGUAAGCUGCUGAGCUGCAGUGAGAACAUGAUGGAUGGCGUUUUGAAAAAAGCAAACAAAACAUGAAAUACUUCUUAAAAUAAAACAUUCAUCUUUUUUUACCAAA